AGAAGUGAGUGUCUCUGGCAGCAUCACCAUAGCUGGACCAACUGUGCAUUCACCCUCAUGCUCUCACUUUUCCCCAUGGGAGAAAUCAUGAGCCAAGAAGGUCUCUCUUGGCACUGAGGCGUGCUGCCUUGAAGGAGGGGUAAUGCAGGUGGCCUUCAAGGAUUGCAAUUUAUGUCAUUCAAGAUCUACUAAGGAUCAUUUUUGCAUGACUAUUGAAAAAGGAUAUCUUUACAGAAACGAGUUCUUUUUUGAAGUUUAUAACUUGGACCCUGUUUUCAGAAAGCAGGGACAAACAGUCUUGGGCAAUUCUCACUACUCUUGACAUUUCUUGUCCAUUUAAAGGGCAUUCUUUUAUGAAGAAACAUCACAUCUGCUAAACACAGUGGGUGGGGCACAGGAUAUCCUAGUAACCAAGGAUGGCUUCCUCUUGGAAACUAAUUCUGUUUCUGUCAGUAGCUGGAUAUCUUUCAGAAUAUUCUGGAGCUCUUCCCAAUUUCCCUACUUCAUAUGCUGCUUUGCUAAGAAUUAAAAAGAGUUCAUCUUCAUCUCUCUUUGGUUCAAAGACUAGACCACGAUACAGCAAUCCUUCAUUAGGAACACUGAGUGUUUCUUCACCAAGCUGGCGAGGGGCAGCUCAACAUUAUUAUUCCCCCAUCAAUCUUUAUCAUUCCUCAGAUGCCUUCAAACAAGAUGAAAGUGUGGACUACGGGCCACUGUUUGUACAAGAACCGGAUGACAUAAUUUUCCCGGCUGAUUCUGAUGAAAAGAAAGUAGCAUUGAAUUGUGAAGCUCGUGGCAACCCAGUUCCCAAUUACAGAUGGCUUCGAAAUGGUACAGAAAUAGAUUUGGACAGUGACUAUCGCUACAGUUUGAUAGACGGGACCUUCAUUAUAAACAAUCCAAGUGAAGCCAAGGAUUCUGGUCAUUAUCAGUGUUUAGCAACCAACAUGUUUGGAAGUAUUCUUAGUAGAGAAGCUAUACUUCAAUUUGCCUAUCUGGGAAAUUUUAGUGGCCGGACAAGAAGUGCAGUCUCUGUGAGGGAAGGCCAGGGGGUUGUUCUGAUGUGCUCUCCUCCGCCUCAUUCACCAGAGAUCAUCUAUAGCUGGGUGUUUAAUGAGUUCCCUUCCUUUGUGGCGGAGGACAGCCGGCGGUUCAUUUCCCAGGAGACAGGCAACCUCUAUAUAUCUAAAGUCCAAACAUCGGAUGUUGGCAGCUAUAUUUGUCUGGUGAAAAACACAGCGACAAAUGCUCGAGUACUUAGUCCUCCAACACCACUCACUCUACGUAAUGAUGGUGUGAUGGGAGAAUAUGAGCCGAAAAUUGAGGUCCAUUUUCCUUUCACAGUUACAGCUGCUAAGGGAACAACCGUUAAGAUGGAAUGUUUUGCACUUGGCAACCCAGUUCCAACAAUCACAUGGAUGAAGGUUAAUGGUUAUAUUCCUAGUAAGUCACGUCUGCGGAAAUCUCAGGCAGUGCUGGAAAUACCCAACGUGCAGCUGGAUGAUGCAGGCUUAUAUGAGUGCAGAGCUGAAAACUCACGCGGAAAAAACUCCUUUCGUGGACAAUUACAAGUAUACACUUAUCCACACUGGGUAGAAAAACUGAAUGACACUCAGUUGGACAGUGGGAGCCCUCUCCGAUGGGAAUGUAAGGCUACUGGAAAACCCCGACCCACAUACCGUUGGCUGAAGAAUGGAGUGUCUCUCUUGCCUCAGAAUAGGAUUGAGAUGGUUAAUGGAGUUUUGAUGAUCCACAAUGUGAAUCAGUCAGAUGCUGGAAUGUAUCAAUGUUUGGCAGAAAAUAAAUAUGGAGCUAUUUAUGCGAGUGCUGAGCUGAGGAUUCUAGCUUCAGCUCCUACUUUUGCACUGAAUCAAAUGAAGAAAACAAUAAUUAUUACCAAAGGCCAAGAAGUCAUCAUAGAGUGCAAACCCCAGGGCUCUCCAAAACCAACCAUCUCUUGGAAGAAAGGAGACAAAGCAGUUAGAGAGAAUAAAAGAAUAGCUAUUCUUCCAGACGGAAGUCUACGGAUCCUAAAUGCUUCUAAAUCAGAUGAGGGAAAGUACGUUUGCCAAGGGGAAAAUGUCUUUGGUUCUGCUGAAAUCAUAGCUUCAGUAUCUGUAAAAGAACCUACAAGAAUAGAACUUACUCCUAAAAGAACAGAGUUAACAGUGGGAGAAAGCAUCGUCCUUAAUUGCAAAGCAAUUCACGAUGCUAGUUUGGAUGUCACUUUCUACUGGACACUAAAAGGACAGCCUAUUGAUUUCGAGAAAGAAGGUGGACAUUUUGAAAGCAUCAGGGCCCAAGCAUCCUCUGCAGAUUUAAUGAUCAGGAACAUCCUUCUGAUGCAUGCUGGGAGAUAUGGCUGCAGGGUACAGACCACAGCAGACAGUGUGUCAGAUGAGGCAGAACUUCUUGUUAGGGCUCCUAGUAAUUUCCCAGAAAUCAUAACCGGUGACAUGGAGUCAGCCAUGGCAGUGGACCUUAACCCCUGGGUGGAAUAUGAAUUUAGAGUAGUGGCUACCAACCCAAUUGGGACUGGAGAUCCAAGCACCCCAUCUCGAAUGAUCCGUACAAAUGAAGCAGUUCCAAAGACAGCACCCACCAAUGUAAGUGGAAGAAGUGGAAGAAGGCAUGAGUUAGUCAUAGCCUGGGAGCCAGUAUCCGAAGAGUUUCAGAAUGGAGAAGGCUUUGGCUAUAUUGUAGCUUUCAGGCCCAAUGGAACACGUGGCUGGAAGGAAAAAAUGGUGACAUCCUCUGAUGCUUCAAAAUUCAUUUAUCGAGAUGAAAGUGUUCCUCCUCUUACUCCCUUUGAAGUGAAGGUUGGCGUUUACAACAAUAAAGGAGAUGGACCUUUCAGUCAGAUUGUGGUUAUCUGUUCAGCGGAAGGAGAACCCAGUGCUGCUCCCACAGAUGUCAAGGCUACAAGUGUGUCUGUGUCAGAGAUUCUUGUUGCAUGGAAACAUAUUAAAGAGAGUCUAGGAAGACCACAGGGAUUUGAGAUUGGUUAUCGGAAAGACAUGGAACAAGAAGAUGCAGCAGAAACAGUCAAAACUAGAGGGAAUGAGUCAUCUGUCAUUCUGACAGGAUUAGAAGGAAAUACUUUAUAUCACUUCACAGUGAGGGCUUAUAAUGGAGCUGGAUAUGGGCCACCUAGCAGUGAAGUGAGUGCAACCACCAAGAAAUCCCCCCCUAGGCAAGCACCUAGCAAUCUCAGGUGGGAGCAGCAAGGAUCUCAGCUGUCUCUGGGCUGGGAACCUGUCAGACCGUUAGCCAACGAAUCUGAAGUCAUGGGCUACAAGGUUUUUUAUAGGCAAGAGGGGCACAGCAACAGUCAAGUUAUUGAAACACAGAAACCUCAAGCAGUAAUACCACUCCCCGAUGCUGGAGUCUAUAUUAUUGAAGUUCGAGCAUACAGUGAAGGAGGGGAUGGAACAGCUAGUUCUCAAAUCAGGGUACCAUCCUAUUCAGGUGGGAAAAUCACUAGUGCUCAGUCGACCCUCCACACACUCUCCCCAUCUUCAUCAUCGGUAACAUUACUCUUGGCAUUGAUGAUUCCCUCAACCUCUUGGUGAAAACUGCAGACUUAAUUUGCUUUGCUUUGCUUUAGCGUGAAAAUAGCAGUGAAGAGAGUGUAGUGCAAGUGGAGACCCAGGACCCUGAGGUACGCUUUAAGAACUUGGGACUGCUCAUGGUGCGCUCACAAGAGGUUGGGGGUAAUAUUAGUUAUCCAUCAGGUUUCUCUUUGAUUUUGUUAACGGAGAGGACAGU